AUGGAGAAGAAUAUUGAGAUACAAGAUCAUUCAUCAAAUGAACAAACUUUCGUUCAACAAGAUGGUAUAAUUGAUAAAUAUCAUAAGAAAUAUAUCCCCAGAUAUAAUGAUUUCCUAAAAGGUCAACCUUUAUUAUGGUCAAUAACUUUAUGUUGUCUCCAAGCUUUCCUUUUAUUAGGUUAUGAUCAAGGUGUUAUGGCAAAUGUUAUAGGAAAUCAUUCUUUUAAUUCAUAUUUCAACAAUCCUGAUGCAAAUUUACAAGGUGAUAUAAGUGCUACAUAUGAUUUAGGUUGUGUAUUAGGUUCAAUAAUUGCUUAUUUUGUUGGUGAACCUUUAGGACGUAGGAAAAUGAUUUUAAUAGGUGCUACAAUUAUGAUUAUUGGUACUAUAUUCCUUGGAGCUGCUACAAAUGUUGGAAUUUUCAUCACAGGAAGAGUUAUUACCGGUGUUGGUAAUGGUAUGAAUUCAUCAACUGUCCCAAUGUUACAAAGUGAAUGUUCACCUGCUUUAAACAGAGGUAUGCUUUUAACUCUUCAAGGAACUGUUACUAUAUUGGGUUUAGUUAUUGCUUAUUGGACAGGUUAUGGUACAAGUUUCAAUACAUCAAGUUUCCAAUGGAGAUUCCCAGUUUCUUUUCAAGCUUUUUUCGCAAUUUGUUUAGUUUUACAAGCUAUUUGGUUACCUGAAAGUCCAAGAUGGUUAAUUGCACAUAAUAGAUCCAAGGAAGGUCAACAAUUAAUUGCAGAUUUAACUAAUCAAGAUUUUGAUUCAAAUGAUGUUGAAUUGAAAGUUUUGGAUAUUCAAAUGGCUAUUGAAGAAGAAAAUAAAGAUGGUCCUUUUAAAUUUAAAGAAUUUUUCGGAAUGGGAAAAAUUCAAAAUUUUAGAAGAAUUUGUUUGACAAUCUUUUUAAUGAUUGUUCAACAAUUUAGUUUCAGUAAUGGAUUAAAUUAUUACAAUCCAAUUAUUUAUAAAAACACCAUGGGGUUUACAGAAAAUAUUUCCAAUAUAUUAGGUGGUUGCACAGCCAUAACUUAUUUAUUAGGUUCAUUUAUACCAGUUUUCGUAAUGGAUAGAUUUGGAAGAAGAACACUACUACUAUUUUCAGUUGCUGGUUUAAGUUUCUGCUUUAUUAUGGUAUCUAUACUAUUAUCUUUGGAAGGGAAUAGAAAUGCAGCAUGUGGAGCUGUAGCAUUUAUUUUCCUCUUCCAAAUAUUUUACUCUAUUGGAUUGUUACCAGUCCCAUGGUUUUAUGGUUCAGAGAUAAACAUCACAAGAUUAAGAUCAAGAGCAUGUGCUAUAGCAUCUGGAUGGAAUUGGUUAGCAGUUUAUGCAAUUGUUAAAAUCACUCCAAUUGCAAUGGAAAAUUUAGGUUGGAAAUGUUUUAUUAUAUUUGCUAUAUUGAAUGCUUUUUUCAUUCCAAUAAUUUAUUUAUUUUUCCCAGAAACUGCAAAUCUUGAAUUAGAAGAUAUUGAUUUAAUAUUCUAUAAAGGUGGUAUAACAGGUGGUGUUUGGUCAACAAAGGGUAAAACUAUUGAAAAAAAUGCACAUUUUAAGAAAGAUGUUGAAGGUUUUAAUGAAAAACCAAAUGACGCAUUUAUUGAAGAUGUUUCUUUGCAAAAAUAA